AUCCAUGAAGAGAGAGAAAGGGGAAAUCAAUACAUUAUCUCUCUCUAGAAACACCCACCAGCCCAUUUUCAAGAGACAGCCACAUAUAUAUACAAACCAACCAAACAGCCUCCCCUCCUCCCCCAUCUUCAUCUUCUUCACCUCCUUCUUCUUCUUCUUGACACAGACCAUAACGAAACAGAGCUCUGUUUUGUCUGAAUCCACUCACUUCUCUUCCAUCGUCAAAAGAUCAUUUGUUACUGUUCCAUCGCCAUCUCUCUCUCUCUCUCUCUCUGGUGUCGAAGAUGGAGACGAAUGGGGGGAGAAGUCCGAACCCGGAUCGAGAAAACGGGUUCGGGUACAAAAAAUCCGAGAAACCGGAGGAGUUCGUGAUGAUCGAUGUCGAAAGCUUCGCUUCUGUUCUCCAUAAAGACAUAUCCUCCAGUCCCAGAUUCUCUAUGCAGAGAAAUGUUUCGAGGAAAUUCUCAGGACGAAGCAGCAGCAACGACAGGAAACUCCAUUACGACGCAAAUGGCAAUGGCAAGGAUUCCUCGACUCCUCAGUCCCCUCUCAGAGGUUCGGGCACGCCGGAAAAGUCGACCGCCGCCGUGGGAGCUCCUGUGGACCCCACCGAUCUCUCCGUCGCCGCCACUGCCGAGUCCGUGGCCGGGUCGCCGCUUCAUCAGAUCACCAUAACCGCCGGAAACCUUUCCGACCAAACCGAGAGAAGAUUCGGUUACUCGAAGAAGACAAGUUUCAAGCGUUCUUGGAUUCUAGACCCAAAGAAAGUUGUCCUCUUCUUCGCGACAUUGUCAAGCAUGGGAUCGAUCUUGCUCAUCAUAUUCACUCUAUCGAUGAGGAAGUCUAGUCCUGAAGAUAUAUUACCCUAGACUAAAUGUUAAUAAUAGCUUGAGGGACACAUAUAUGGACCGACCUAAGCCCUUGGGCAUGGGAAUUCCCUCGGUACCACCAGCCAUAUAUAUAUAUAUAUACAUAUAUGCUUUGGAGGCCAUGAAGAAUCAGAGAAAAGCAACAAAAGGGUGUCGAUGUGACAUUAGUUUUUUUUGUAAAAUAUUCGAGAUUUAAGAGAGAGAGAGAGAGAGAGAGAGAGAGAGAGAGAGAGAGAG